UGCUCAGCGUUUUUUCUUCGACUAGUAGGGAAGGAGCCAAAGAAGAAGAGAGGAAAAAAUAAAAAAAAACCACUGGAGUGUAUUUUGUGUCGGCCGAAUCCCCCAGAAGGGAAGGGGAAACAACAAGCUCCGCCAGACAGACGGAAACGAGGGGGGGUGUCCACAUCCCUUUAAGAGCGAGUGGGACAUAGCGGUGCGAGAAAAGGAGAGGAGGGGGAGAAGAAAGAGGAAUUAAAAAAGAAAAGGAAGAAAGAGACAGGGAGGGAGGAGGGAGAGCGGGCGAUAAAAAAAGAAAGAUGACAUCCUCGCAGCUGAAGGGCCGAGGUGGAGCGAGAGGCUGCGGCCGGGCGGGAGCGCCGCUCGCCGGGGUCACGGCUUGAAUCUACACCGAGGCUUCGACUCACACCCGACCGGCCUGGCGGGACUGACCGGGAAAAAUAGAUUCAUAAAUUAAAAACAAAGCAGAACCUGCUUUGCUGCCAGAUUCGUGUGUUAUAACUCAUACUUGUUCUCUCGCUUGAAAAAAAAAAAUGCAUUUAUUUCACGUAGGUGGAUUUGUGUAUUGUUAUAGUGUUACACAGUGAGAUGCGAUAUAUUUUUAGUUUUUUUUUUGUUUUUUUUUUUAAGUAGUUUUUUUUUUUUUUUUCCUGUGUGAUACUGCGUUUUGGUGAGAAUAAUUAAAGUUAAAACCAAAGUGAAAGAGAAGCGGGUGUUUUCGGGGCCUGCUGCAUCACUGCCCGACAGCUGCGAGCAUUUUUAAUUGACUCCACUCGGCUACCUCAAUGACAAAAACACACUCUCGCUGGCGGCUUUAUUCACGUUUUUCCGACAGAAUCCGAGAGCCAGUCGUCCCUGCUGCAGGACAGGUCCCUGUCCUGCCUCUCAAUCCCCGCCGGGCCGGUCCAAACCAUGCCAAGGCUGCUCCCCGCGGUCUCAACCAGCAGCUGACUUCAUAAUCUCCACCGCCGCGCCGCAAAAUGGAUGCUGCUUGGAGCAAUUUCCUCUUCCAGAGUACUCCCACCCAAAACCAAGUGGAGGGGAGCCUCCAAUCAGAGCUCAUGCAAGUGCAUACGAGUUCUCCCCAGACCCCACCCACAGAGCACAUAGCACAGCCUCCUUCAACUGUGGACACCACUGCUCUCAGCGAGGAACCCCUGCCCGUGAAACCAGUGUCUCGGCCAGCCCGGGUGCAACACAUCUGUGCCAUCUGUAACAAGCAGUUCAAGAACAACUACAACCUGCGGCGGCACCAGUCAGUCCACACUGGGGUACGCAUGAAGGACAGGGCCAGAGAGCAGGCGGAGGGAGCAAAGGAGGGAGCAGCUGGCCAGGUGGUGGUGGCGGCAGCGGUCCCGCCGGCGAUGGCGGUUGGGGCCGGAGGGAGGGCGGAGAGGCCCACUGUUCCCCUCUCCCUGCUGCACCUCUCCGUGCCUCCCCCUCUCGCCCCUCCCGGUGUGCUGGCGGGUGCCCACCAGCCUCCCCUGGGUGUUCAGGAUGGUGAAGGGGUUGCCAUGCCAAACAUAAUGGCUAGCGUUAACCCUCAUGCUCCGCCUCCUGCUGCUGUCGUCAUGGCCACAGGGGCGACAGUACAGCGGCCCUCAAACCCUAACCCAAACCCCGUGAGGAAGAACCACGCCUGCGAGACAUGUGGGAAGGCCUUCCGAGAUGUUUACCAUCUCAACCGCCACCGCCUGUCCCACUCGGACGAGAAGCCUUUCUCCUGUCCCAUCUGCCAGCAGCGCUUCAAGAGGAAGGACCGCAUGAGCCACCACGUGCGCUCGCAUCAGGGUGGUGUGGAGAAACCCUACAUCUGCCCUCACUGUGGCAAGGCCUUCUCCAGGCCCGACCACCUCAACAGUCAUGUCAGACAGGUCCACUCCUCAGAGCGACCUUUUAAAUGCCCUACUUGUGAGUCCAGCUUUGCCACGAAGGAUCGUUUGCGUGCGCAUAUGAUUCGUCACGAGGAGAAGGUGCCGUGCCACAUCUGUGGGAAGCUCCUGUCGGCCGCUUACAUCACAGAUCACAUGAGGGUGCACAACCAGUCGCAGCACCACGCCUGCCAUCUCUGUAACCGCAGCUUCACCACGCUGACAUACCUUCGUGUCCACGCCCAGAAGCACCACGGCCAGGAGUGGAAGGAGAGUCCAGGGGGCUUUGGUGGAACGGCAUCCGGUGGCGUCCUCGUCUGCCACUUGUGUGGCGUCCACUGCAAGACGCCCACCCAGCUCCAGGGCCACAUGGGCACCCACAGCAACAGCCAAGUUGCCCCGAGCCCCAUCACCUCUAACGUGGCUGCCAGCAGCUCUGUCUCCCUUAGCAACAUGGUGUCAACACCCACCGUUUAUGUCACCGGCAACACGGUCGUGGACCUGCUUGUUACAGACUGCUCGAGCAUCGCAGUUCCACAGUCCCAGAGUUAGCGGCGGACCGCUAACCUGAAUCUCUGAGCGGAGGGUAAGGUUAGAGAAGGCCGAAGUUAAUUGUAGAUGCUGAUCUAGUU